GCGUCAAAGUCCUUGGCCAGUUGACGUGUUACCGUCGCCACUCGCUGUUGUCGUUUGCUUCUUUUCCUGUUGGAUCGGUCGACUGAGAGUUUUGUGACCAAAUUCAGCACGACAUGUCUGCUGUUGCAGGGCCUACUGGUUUUCGUCGACUUCCGGUUGACGAACGACAAUAAUCAUUGCCGUCGUUCUACACAAUCAUUAAGAAAAGUUGUAACUGUCCAGCAAAAAGAGGAGAGAAACAGUAAUGAACACAAAAAUAUGAACGACAGUAGAAAAAUGAUAAUUAAUAUUCACUUCGCCCUCGGAUUAUUAUGUGUCACCGCCGCUGCUGUAUUGGGCACCGUCUCUGCAGCGGAUAUACAUAUAUGGCCAGAUGUUCCUGAACUUACCCUGACAUCAGGGGCUGAUCUCACACUUAAAUGUACAGGAGAUGUACCUGUAAAAUGGAAUCAAAAUCAAUAUGAUUCAACGUUACUAAUAGAAAAAAAUUCCUCAAUCGACAUUUCACAAGGACUGGCUAAUAAUAGUUAUAUAUCUCUACUAUCACUUAGUAGAGCAAGUUAUUUAGAUACUGGAUACUACUACUGUGAUCCAUUGUCUGAAGACUUGGGAGUAGAUGAACAAAAUUCAGCAAAAAUAUAUAUAUUUGUUCAGCAUGAUACACAUUUAUUAGCGGUUCCUGAAAAUUUAGUUUUACUAUCUCAGGAUGAAUUUGGUAAUGUUAUUAUACCUUGUCGGCCAACAUCACCAGAUAUAAACAUAACACUAACAAAAGACGAAGAAGAGUUGGUGCCUGGUAACACAUAUGAUGGCAUGGAAUUGCAUUAUGACCCAAAGCUUGGAUUCUUACUCUAUUCAGUGACAAUGUUUAGUUCGGGAAUAUAUUCUUGUAAUGCUGAGUACUAUGACAAAAAAAGUCGUGCAACUUACCAUAUUGUUAUUAUGUCUAAGGUGCAUAAAGUAGUUAUGCCUUAUAUCAAUAGCAGUGAUGCACAUACAGAUCAUUUAAUUAUUGGUCAAAAUUUAACCCUAAAUUGUUCUGUAAGCAUGGAUCUUGGUAUUUCUUUCACAUUACAUUGGAAAGUUCCUAAUGAACAGAAGCUUCAGACUGGACAUGUGUUAGUUGGCAAAGAAAAUUUCUAUAAUGGUUUGAAACAUGGAAUUGGGAAAAGUGUUGGUAGUCGAUUAUUGAGUAUUAAAAACAUAACUUCCGAAGAUGAAGGAGAUUAUGUUUGUGAAGUAACGGUACAUUCUGGACAUAAAAACCGUGCUACAUACAAACUUAAGGCAUUCACACCUGAUAUGACAUAUUUAAGUUUAUCAGUCCAAGGUAAUGUUUAUGUAAUAACACGUAAGGCAGGAACUCGGCGGGUGCAAUGGAUAAUUCAAGUAUCAGCGUACCCAAAACCAUCUCUUGUAUGGAGAGACCCUAAUGGUAAAGAAUUAGGGAUGAAUCCAGAAAAAGUAUCAGUGGAAAAUGACAAAAGUACAUCCAAAUUAGUAAUAAAAGAUUUACAACUGUAUGAUUCUGGUACAUAUGAAUUAGUUGCAGAUAAUGAUGCACAUGUGAAACAAAUUACUGUAACUUUGCUAGUUGAAGACAAACCAUUAGUUCAAAUAACUAAUAGUUCUAACUUAAAGGUAUUUUAUGAACUAGGAAAAAUAUAUAGUGUUGAAUGUUAUAUUGGUGGUUAUCCUUUGCCAGAAGUUGAGUGGGCUUUUAAAAAGUGCCCAAAUUAUCCUGAAUGCGAAGAAUCAUUUACCCAGAUUCCUAGAAGCAUGUAUAAAGAAACUGUGUUUAAAGAAACAUUCCUUAUAUCAUUAGUGAAUAUUACUGCUAUUGAAACUGGAAUACUUUUUUGUAACGCUACAAAUGAAUUUGGAAAUAAUAAUCAUGAAUCUACGUUUUUUGUAACUGAUGUAUCAAAUGGGUUGGGGAUCAAAGGACCACCAAUUGUUGUUGAUGGCGACGAUAUAACAAUUGAAUGUGGGGCUUCUAAAUAUAAUUAUAAUGAAAAUAUUAAAUGGAUCUAUCGUGAUUUAAAUAAUAUAGAAAGUCCAGUGAAUAACGAUAAAAAUGUCAUCUUAACAAAUAAUAAAACAGCACUUUCGUAUCGUUCGUAUUUAAUGAUAAAAAAUAUCACAAAUACAUUUGAUGGCGAAUAUUUGUGUAUGGUGCCCGAAUCGUACGAGAAGAAUUCAGCAACAAUAUUGUAUUCUGUAUUAGUCCAGAAAUCAAAAAUACCAGUUAUUAGUGAAUUAUCAAAUUCAAGUAUUUCGAAAGUAAAAACUGGUAAACCAGCCCAAUUUAAUUGUUAUAUUAAAGAAGGCAUGCCACCACCUACUGUUACAUGGUUUAAAAAUGGUCAAAUAUUAAGGUUAAAUAAAAAUGAUAGUAAUAGGCUCGAAUUGCGGGAUAAAAAUCAAACACUUGUAAUACGAUUUACUGCAUUAGAAGAUGAAGGCUAUUAUGUAUGCAAUAUUUCAAAUAAAGUUGGCAGUGCUAUUUCAACAAAUACAUUGUAUCUUAUUGAUAAACCUUUAGAGCAUGAACAUUUUAGUCUCAUCGCAUUUUGUUCUGUGUUAACUAUUCUUUUGGGAGUUCUUAUGAUAUGCUGUGCUGUACAUUUAAAGAGAGAAAAGAAGUUAAAAAAAGAAUUAGCUCUAGCUGGUCUUUUACAUUUUGAGAAUGGUGCUGUUGAAAGUUGGAAUCCUGAUUUGGGAAUUGAAGAACAGGCAGAACUACUUCCUUACGAUAAACGCUGGGAGUUUCCUAGGGAUAAACUAAAACUUGGUAAGCAAUUAGGUUCGGGAGCAUUUGGAGUUGUCUUUAAAGCUGAUGCAAUUGGUAUAAUUGAUAAAGAUACCACUACAACUGUUGCGGUAAAAAUGAUUAAACCAAACACAGAUCCGUCAUACAUCAAAGCCUUAGCUUCUGAAUUGAAGAUUAUGAUACAUCUUGGUAGGCAUUUAAACGUAGUCAACUUACUUGGAGCUUACACUGGAAACAUAAACAAAAGAGAAUUGAUGGUAAUUGUAGAGUAUUGCCGUUUUGGAAAUAUCCAUCAAUACAUGUUGAAACAGAGGGACUGUUUUGUGAACCAAAUUUCAACAGAUGGCUAUUUAGAUUACAAUAUUAAAACAAUAUCUAAAAAUCCAUACUAUGUAAAUGUUCCUAACAAUACCAAUUUAUCUGAAAAAUGUGAUGAUAGUAGUACACAAAUUGGUUCUGAUGGAUAUUUGGUACCUGAUGAAGUUGAACCCGAGUGGCGGAGCAACUAUCGUGGAGAUUAUAAAAAUUUAAUUGUUAAACCAUCAUGUACCCAUGACUUAAUAUGUUGGUCAUUUCAAGUAGCACGGGGAAUGGAAUAUCUUGCUAGUAGAAAAAUUCUACAUGGCGAUUUAGCAACAAGAAAUAUUCUAUUGGCUGAAGAAAAUAUUGUUAAAAUAUGUGAUUUUGGAUUUGCAAAAACUAUGUACAAUAGUGAAAACUACAAAAAGAAGUCUGAUAAGGAUCUUUUGCCAGUAAAAUGGAUGGCAAUUGAAUCUCUCCGUGAUCGGGUUUUUUCAACACAAUCUGAUGUUUGGGCAUUUGGUAUUGUUCUGUGGGAAAUAUUCUCAUUAGCAGUUACUCCAUAUCCAAAUAUUCAAAAAUUUAAUGACCUAUUCAAUAAACUGGUUGAAGGUUAUCGAAUGGAACAGCCAAAAUAUGCCAAUUCUGAAAUAUAUAAUAUAAUGUUAGAUUGUUGGAAAAUGAACCCUAUGACAAGGCCUUCAUUCACUGAUUUAGCUGAACGUCUGGGCGAUUUAUUACAAGAUGGUACUAAAUCACAUUAUAUGAAUUUAAAUGAGGUAUAUAUGAGAAUGAAUACAGAGGGAUCAGUUUCAACUGAUUACUUAAGUCUUUUAACGGCACCAACAUAUUUGAAUUGUUCAACCGUAUCUGAAAACAAUUUAAAUUCAUGUCUAAACAGUUCUGAACAUUCAGAUAACAAAGAUGAUUUGGAAUUGAGGCCUAUGUUGCAUAAUCCAGUUAUGUUUGAUGGAACCAGAAACCCUUAAAGAUUACAAUUUUGCCACGGUUAAAUUAUUUAAUGGCAUUGUUACCGUUUCUGUUUUAAUUUAUUAUUAUGUAAUGACAAAUGACUGAUGAACAAACAUAUUUUUUUGAAUAUAUCAAUAUCAUUUUGAUUUGAUGAUAUUGUAUCUAAGUAUUAUGAAGACUUGAGAUUAAAUAUAUAUUGUAUAUAUAGUAUAUACAUAUUGUUAAUGAAAAAUAAUUAAGUAAUUUCAAGAUUUAAAUU